GCACUUUUAUUAAAUGGCCACCCUUUUGAGUCCUUGAAUGAAGUUGAAGAUAAACACAAGGAAUCAGUCAGAAAAUUCACUGCUUAGGUUACCGAUAACCGUCUAUUUCAUUUUAUCAAAAGGCUGCUUAGGCAAAAAAAUACUAGAAAUUUAUCCCUCCACGCAUCAAUAAUCAAACCCCAGUUGUGUAUACUAUAUAGUAAAUUAACAUUAGUCAUACAUAAUAAGUACAAACUUAGUAGUUAGCUUUACCCUUUCAUUCUUCAUCAUCAUCUACCAAGAAAGAGUCACAUAUGGGAGCCUGUUUUUCUUCCAAACCAUCCUCCACAACCAACAAUGUCCGUUUGGUUCAUCUCAGUGGAUAUGUGGAGGAUUUUGAGAACCCAAUUUCUGUGAGCCAACUCACUGGCACCUGUCCAAAGCACUUUGUUUGUACCUCACUUCAGCUUCUUUCACCUUGUUCAAAACCAUUGAAUGGAGACACAGAACUUCAACCUGGGAAUGUCUACUUCAUGCUACCGUACUCAAUCCUUCAAGCUGAUGUUUCUCCUGUGGAUUUGGCUUCCCUUGCAAAGAGGCUCACUGCAAUAGCAAAAACCAGCAAAGGGUCUUCUCUCAAAGAUGGUCCUUUCUCAAGCCAACAAGGGUUGAACAAUGUUUGGAAUUCGCCUUCAAGGAGUCCUGGGAGGCUUGGUGUGGUUGAGCGAAGUCCGUGUAGAGUGCAGCCUUGGAAACCUAUCUUGGACACCAUCAGAGAGAAGUCUUUCAAUCGGAGAAGUGAGUCAGAUUUGCAAGAACAUAUUUGAUGUUUGAAAGACCUUGAAUUGAGGUAAAAUUAGGAAGGAAGAAGACACAUGUUAGGUGGUUUGAUUAUCUUUUGACAAGGGAAAAAAUUGAAAUUUGAGACAGUUACACUUGAUAUUUUCUUGUGUAUAAUUCUUCUUUGUA